GGUUGCAUGGUGAUUUAAGGAAUAAUACAAUGAACAAAUCAUGAUUACUAAAUCAUGGCGAAAUAACCUUCAAAUUAAAUUUGAUUAUUGAGACGAAUAUCUCCAUCCCGCUUCGACUAUUCUGAUUGUCAUUUUUUGAUAUAGUAAGGAUAUCUUGCUCCGACUCAAUUGUCUUGCUAAUUGCUGACGUAUUAUCUGGUAGUUAUUGGCGAAUUGGCCAGCCAUAGAGCACUUAGAGCUGUUGUUGCUUUGCGUUGCGGCUUUUAUCUAUUCGAAUAUAAAAUAAAGCUAGCAACUGUAGAAAGCUUUAGUAUUGUCUAACCAGUCAUAGAGUCACCCAGUCACCCAGUCAGCCAGUCGACCAAUUGCAAUCGUUAUGCGGCUUUGCGCUCUUAUCGCCGUCUGCCUGCUGGCACUGCUUUCCCUUUCCACCGCGGAGGAUCAGAGUGAGAUAUGCGCCUGUACGCGCAACUUUGAGCUGGUCUGCGGCAGCGAUGGCAUCACGUAUCCAAAUCCGUGCGAGCUAAACUGCUCCGCCAGGCGUGCUGCGCGUCACGGCAGCCCUUUGACUCUGGUCAAAGCUGGGCCCUGUUAGUUUCCGGAGUUACACAAGAGUAUACAAUUUAAAAAUGUGAAUUGUUCACUUCACACUUCAAGUUAAAUAAAUAUUUUUCCGACUAUUGCAAAAUUCAA